GACAGCUGUGUUUGACAAUAUUGACUUUUGCCUUGAAAAACCUCUAAUUUUAAAAUGACGAAAAUAGUGGUAUUUUCCGUCGUCAAAAUCAAAAUUUAACAUUAUUAGAUGUAAUCCUUGUCCAGUAAUUUUAAUUGCUAUACUAAAGAUGUUAUGCUCAGGAAGGACAAGGCUGGCGUUAAACGUAGUUCGAUCCCUGAGCAUAAUUCCCAGAGCCUACGCCAGCCAUUAUGACGUCCUCGGUGUUACCCCGAAGGCUACGCAAGGAGACAUCAAAACUGCCUACUACGAACUUUCCAAAAUAUAUCAUCCGGAUAGAUCUUGUGAUGAAGCAUCUGCCAAAAAAUUUCGAGCAAUCACAGAGGCAUAUGAAGUGUUAGGAAAUUUAAAACUUAAGAAAAUGUAUGAUAAAGGUUUACUUGUUGGCAAAGAAAAUACCAGUAGGAUGGAUUAUCAGCCUGAACCAGAGCCUACAGACCCAACUCUAAAAUUCUACAAAUCCCAUGCAAAACGACAUGUUAUGCCCACCAUGGAUGGAAAAACCCCCAUUUAUAAUUUUGAUGCUUGGGCUCAACAGCACUAUGGGAAUAUGUUCAAAAGAGCACAAUAUGAAAGAGAACAAGUGAGAAAAAUAAAAAUAAAGAAACAAGAUAUCUCACAGUCCUAUAGACAAGAAGCUGUUAUGUAUUGUAUAUUUGCCAUUGGUGGUUUAUUCCUUCUACUUGUAGUAAAUGGCACCACAGAUUAUGAUGAGGACAAACUACAGAGAAAUAAAAGAACUAAUUCAGAUAAAACUAAUUAACUCCAGAAGUUAAAAUAGCACAAAUUGGAUGAAAUGACUUAUCAAAAUGAAAAAUACUGCUUCACUCAAUCAUUGCUUAGAAAUCAAUUGUUUUUUAGUGAUUCAUUUAGUAAAUUAUUAUUUUUGUAUUAUGUAUAUUGUACAUAAUAUUUUAAAUACCUCCAUAUUAGUUGUAGAUAAAUUGUGAUAAUAAAUUAAAGGAGAAUACAUAAUUAUUAAAUCACUUUAUUGUAUG